AUGAAAACUUUCUCAAAAUACGUCGUUUGGGCAGCGAGUGUCGCCUCGUUUGCUGCUGCUCGAGACGCAAACAUAUCACUUGUGCCUGCAGCCACCGGCUUCGAAGGCGACAACACCGCUUUCAUCUACGGGAAAACACCGCGACUCGUCGUCAACGAUGGUAGUGCAGCAGACGGAGGUUUCCUGGCAUUUGAGUUCUCAAAUGGAACUUCUCCUACGGAAAUGUACCAUGAGAAGACUGGCCGCUCGAAAAUAGCGGUACCGGUACAUGGAAUCGGCGACCGCGAUCUCAUCGUUAAUAUACCUGCACCAGACUCACUCAUCAGAAUUUUUGAUGCGAAGACUGGGGAGAAAGUGGCCAGCAACAACAAAACACAGCUCGGCGACUGGAGCACAGCAUGCACCUGGAGGAGCGAGAAGAGCGGGGAAAACUACAUCUUCCUGUUUGGAAAGAAGAAGGUAGUGCAGUUCUUGCUGAGACAGACGGAGCAUGGCGCAGAGAUUUUGGAGGUUCAGGAGUUUGCCGUUGCCAUCGAGGGUGAAAGCUGCUCCGUUUUCUCCAACGGCCAGGUUUUCUUCUCCGCCGAGGACCAGCCUUUGUACUCUUUCCAGGCUUUGGAGGCUACCGAUGCACCGAAAAUUCACACUGUCAUUGAGGAUGUGGAGGUUGCUGGCCUUGCUACGUACUACAGCACCUCUGAAGAUUACCUUUUCGUCGCGCAUGACGAAGUGAUUGACAUGUAUGAUGCGAAAACCCAACUUAAAGGAAGCAUUGCACUAGGUGGCAUCUCUGAUCUGUCCAUCAAGGGAGGUUUGUCCAUUCUACAGUCUCCCGUCGCUCGUUAUGCAUCAGGUGUUCUUGCAUUUGCUUUUGAGGGCAAAGACGACACUGGGGUCGCUAUCGGCUCUCUCGAAGGUGUUCUUUCGCCUCUAGGCAUUCAGGCGAACAAAGAUUACAGCCCGGCAACCAAAACUUGCAGAAACUGUACAAGCACAGUAUCUGAGAAGUGCUCGUACCAUGGCUUUCAGAGCCGCGAAAGCUGUUCUUGCUUUUCCGGCUUCAGUGGUGGCGAUUGUUCCAAGACGACUUGUAAAAACGACUGCUCAGGCCGCGGGGAAUGUGUUGGACCUAAUGUAUGCAGCUGCAAAGGCGGAUGGACUGGACCGGAUUGCUCGUUCAUGGCCGUCAAAGCUAAAUACGAGACUGAGGCCAACGGUGGUGACGGCGAUGACCCUGCUAUAUGGAUACAUGCCACUAGGCCAGACCAAAGCAAGAUCAUUACUACGACGAAGUCUGAGGAAGGCGAGGGCUUUGGUGUAUUUGAUCUGCAAGGAAAGCUCUUGCAGCACCUGGCCGCGGAGGAACCCAACAACGUCGAUAUCAUUUACAACUUUACCGUUGGUAAUCGCAGGGUAGAUCUUGCAUAUGCUGCAUGCCGUGGCGAUAAUACGCUUUGUCUAGUCGAAGUCAACAGCACCGGCUACCUCCGCGAGAUCCCAGGUGGUAUCCAGACGCUCCCCGAAGGUUACAAGCCAUACGGCUCGUGCAACUACCGCUCCCAAGUAUCUGGAAAAGAAUACCUCUUUGUAAACAACAAGAAAGCGCAAUACCUGCAAUACGAGCUGACUGCUAGUCCCAACGGCACCCUUCAGACCACGCUCGUCCGGGAAUUCCAAGGCGGUUCAGGCGGUCAAGUCGAAGGCUGCGUGGCAGACGAAGGUGCUGGAUACAUGUUCAUCGGCGAAGAGCCACUGGGAAUCUGGCGGUACGACGCCGAGCCCGAUGGCUCCAACACGGGCGUUCAGAUUGCUCAAGUUGGGGACGAGAGUGGUCUCCAGGCCGACGUCGAGGGCCUCACCCUAGUACCAGCCAAAGCGGGCACUAACGGCUACAUUAUGGUCUCGUCGCAGGGCAUAUCAGCCUAUGUGAUUUACGAGCGAGUGCCGCCGCACAAGUAUGUAGGGACGUUCACUAUUGUGGAUGACAAGGAGAGGGGUAUCGACCAUGUGAGCAAUACGGAUGGUAUUGCUGCAGUGGGUAAUCCACUCAACAAAGACUUUCCGGGUGGUUUGUUUGUCACGCAUGAUGAUGCUAAUGAGCUGGCUGAGGGAGGCACAGCGAGUGAGGCAAGCUUCAAGCUUGUGAGCUUGGUGGAUAUCUUGGGAGAGGAGAGAGUGAAGAAGCUAGGGUAUUAG